ACCCUCUACCUCCCCAAAAUCAAACCCCAUAAACCCACCAAUUAUUCCUCUCCUCAGUUCUUCCUUUUCUCACUCAACUUUCCGGGAAAAUGAAUUCCCGAGAAUCACAAACUCCAGAAACUUUCUCGUCAUCCAAACAAUCCCCAACUCUUAAUUUUCACCAAACCUUCAAUGCACUCAAAGACCAUUUCUCCACCUUAGUUCAAACCCAUCUCCAAACAUCUUUUUCAAACCUCCAAAUCCAAACAAAACAUGUAAUUGACUCAACAAUUUCUCAUUUAAACCCUGAAAAUUUCUCAAGAAACCCGAGUUGGGCUCGAAUGGCAACUCAGUUGGAGCCAAUUCGUGCACCAAGAACUGCUGUCUCUAUGCCAACUGAAGCCAUUGAAGAGAGGCUGGCAGGUGUGCCUGUGUAUGCAUUGAGUAAUUCUAAUGAAGAAUUUGUGUUGGUUACUGGAGCUUCCACCGGGAAAUCACUGAGUCUGCUUUGUUUCAAGAAGGAAGAUGCUGAGGUGCUUCUUGAACAGAUGAAGAGUAUGGACCCCGGAAUGCGAAAAAGCGGGUCUAAAGUGGUUGCUGUUGCUUUGAAUAAGGUUUUUCAGCUUAAGGUUCAAGGUGUGGCGUUUCGGUUGAUACCGGAGUCGACCCAAAUCAAGAAUGCACUCAGGGAGCGAGAAAAGGUCGGAUUUUCAGAUGAUGGCUUCUCCGGGGUUCCAGUUUUCCAGUCGAGAAGCUUGGUAUUGAGAAGUCAAAACAAAAGUUAUCGUCCGGUAUUCUUUAGAAAGGAGGAUCUAGAAAAAUCUCUCAUGCGAGCUUCAAGCGACCAAAAGAAGUUAAAUCCUGCAUUUAGGCAGGGGGAUAUACAGGUUGCUGUUUUUGAAGAAAUAAUCAAGUCUAUGAAGGAGGGUUCUGCUUCGACGUGGGAUGAUGUCGUAUUUAUUCCUCCUGGUUUUGAUGUUUCAACUGUUCCUCCCCAGCAAUAGGCUGUUGCAAAAUGAGUAGGUUGAUAGACUUUUUCGGAUGGUCACUUUAGUAGUAUGUAGUUAUUUCAAAAGCAGUUUAAUCUAAAUCUGCAACUUCAUUUUGAUUUUAGUUACUCUCUUCUCACUGCACCUCUGUUUCAAUUUUCAGUAUGCAAUAUCAUUUUCUUUUGUUC